AUGCCUCCUCCUCGCCGCCUCCUCGGGGCCCUCGCCGCGCUUCUCGUCCUCCUCCUCCUCCCGGCCGUCGCCGUCGCCGACUCCGACGACGGCCGAACGCUGCUGGAGAUCAAGAGAUCCUUCCGGAACGCCGACGACACGCUGCACGACUGGUCCGGCGACGGAACGGCCUCGGGCUACUGCUCCUGGCGCGGCGUGCUCUGCGACGACGCCACCUUCGCCGUCGCGGCGCUCAACCUCUCAGGGUUGGAUCUCGGCGGCGAGAUCUCCCCGGCCUUCGGGGACCUGAAGAGCGUCGUGUCAAUUGAUUUGAAGUCGAACGAGCUCUCCGGGCAGAUCCCUGACGAGAUCGGCGACUGUUUGUCGCUUAAAGUGCUGAACUUGUCCUCUAACAACCUGGAGGGGGACAUACCUUUUUCCAUAUCUAAGCUGAAGCACCUUGAAAGCUUGAUACUGAAGAAUAAUCAGCUGGUGGGCGUGAUUCCGUCAACUCUUUCUCAGCUUCCGAAUUUGAAGAUAUUGGACUUGGCUCAGAACAAGCUAACUGGAGAAAUUCCAAGGUUAAUAUACUGGAGUGAGAUUCUUCAAUACUUGGGACUGCGAAGCAAUCUCUUAGAAGGAAACCUGUGUCCAGAUAUGUGCCAGUUGACUGGCUUGUGGUACUUUGAUGUGAAGAACAAUAGCUUGAUGGGCACAAUACCAGAUACCAUUGGGAGCUGUACGAGCUUUCAGGUCUUGGAUUUGUCUUACAAUCAGCUUACUGGAGAAAUCCCAUUCAACAUAGGUUUCCUGCAAGUGGCUACAUUGUCUUUGCAAAGGAACAAAUUCUCUGGCCCUAUUCCAACAGUGAUUGGCCUUAUGCAGGCCCUUGCAGUGCUGGAUCUGAGUCUUAACCAGCUAUCUGGCCCAAUACCAUCUAUACUUGGCAACUUGACAUACACUGAAAAAUUAUAUCUGCAAGGCAAUAGGCUAACUGGGUCAAUACCACCAGAGCUUGGUAAUAUGUCGGCGCUUAAUUACUUGGACCUGAAUGACAAUAAUCUGACUGGGCUCAUUCCACCCGAGCUUGGAAAACUCACAGGCUUGUUUGAUUUGAACCUUGCAAACAAUAAACUUGAAGGACCGAUACCUGAUGAUAUAAGUUCAUGCAUAAAUAUCAUUAGCUUCAAUGCUCAUGGCAAUAAAUUGAAUGGGACCAUCCCACGUUCAUUGCACAACCUUCAGAAGAUGACUGAUUUGAAUCUGUCAUCAAAUUAUCUUAGUGGAGCAAUACCCAUUGAGCUAGGAAGAAUAAAGAACUUAGACACACUGGAUUUAUCCUGUAACAAGAUCGCUGGUUCGAUACCUUCUGCAGUUGGGAGCUUAGAGCAUCUUUUGAGACUUAACUUGAGCAAGAAUAAUCUGGUGGGGUACAUUCCUGCUGAGUUUGGGAACUUGAGGAGCAUCAUGGAGAUUGAUUUGUCCAAUAACCACCUUCAUGGCUUGAUUCCUCAAGAGGUUGGAAUGCUGCAAAAUCUGAUACUAUUAAAACUAGAAAGUAACAAUAUAACUGGGGAUGUUUCUUCACUUACUAAAUGCUUCAGUCUCAGUGUAUUAAACAUAUCAUACAACAACCUGGCUGGCGUUGUACCUACCGACAACAACUUUUCACGAUUUUCACCAGACAGCUUCUUGGGUAAUCCUGGACUAUGUGGCUACUGGCGUGGUUCUUCAUGCUAUUCCUCCAGUCAUGCAAAGAGAUUCUCAGUCUCAAGGGAUGUCAUUAUUGGUAUUGCUGUUGGUGGGCUUGUUAUCCUGUUGUUGAUCCUAGCAGCUGCUUGUUGGCCGCGCAGCCCAGCAGUUUCCCGAGAAUUAUCUGUAAGCAAACAAGAAAUACACGCUGUGUUAUCGAGCAAUGUUCCUCCCAAGCUUGUGAUCCUCCACAUGAACAUGGCCCUCCACGUAUACGAUGAUAUAAUGAGGAUGACAGAAAAUUUGAGCGAGAAGCACAUUAUUGGGUAUGGGGCAUCAAGUACAGUUUAUAAAUGUGUUCUGAAGAACUGCAAGCCAGUGGCAAUCAAAAAGCUAUACUCCCAGUACCCUCAGAGUGUAAAGGAAUUCGAGACUGAACUUGAGACUAUUGGAAGUAUCAAACACCGGAAUCUUGUCAGCCUUCAGGCUUACUCACUAUCACCUGCCGGGAAUCUUCUCUUCUAUGAUUAUAUGGAAAGUGGCAGCCUCUGGGACGUUUUACAUGGUUCGUCCAAGAAGACGAAACUUGACUGGGAGGCUAGACUCCAGAUUGCUCUUGGCGCAGCCCAGGGGCUGGCAUAUCUCCACCAUGACUGCAGCCCACGGAUAAUUCACAGGGAUGUAAAAUCGAAGAAUAUCCUCCUAGACAAGGACUAUGUGGCGCACCUUGCUGACUUUGGUAUUGCCAAGAGCUUGUGUAUCUCCAAGACCCACACAUCAACCUAUGUGAUGGGCACAAUUGGCUACAUUGACCCUGAGUACGCACGUACAUCCCGCCUCAACGAGAAAUCUGAUGUAUACAGCUACGGCAUCGUCUUGCUUGAGUUGCUCACUGGAAAAAAGCCAGUCGAUAAUGAGUGCAACCUCCAUCACCUGAUACUAUCCAAAGCUGCAGAUAACACGGUGAUGGAGAUGGUCGACCCAGACAUCGCCGACACGUGCAAAGAUCUCGGCGAGGUCAAGAGGAUGUUCCAGCUGGCGCUCCUCUGCAGCAAGAGGCAGCCGUUGGAUCGACCGACGAUGCACGACGUGGUGCACGUCCUGAACUCCGUGGUAUGCCCAGAACCAGCUCCAAAGCCAGCAAAGCCAGCACAACUACCGGGAUCGACUCAGCCGUCCACAGGUCCGAGCAGCUAUAUCAACGAGUAUGUCAGCCUAAGAGGCGGCAGCGCUCUCUCCUGUGCCAACUCGUCGAGUGCAUCUGACGCGGAGCUCUUCCUGAAGUUUGGUGAGGCGAUAUCGCAGAACACUGAGUAGACUGACCUUCUGAUGGGCGUAGCGUUUCCGGUAGUUGUUCCCGGUGUCCUCAAGAAUAGCAGGGGGCACUGGAUCUGGAGGUGUUCGGUUCACUGUAAAUAUGCAGCUGGUUUUGCUUCUUUUAAACUCUCUAGCUAUUUCUCGUUUUUUUCUGGCUCCCCUUUUGCAAGUAUUUUUUGGUUUGUACUUGGGAUGAUAAAAACUGUGCUGAAACAGAAAGGACACUGUUUUGUUGGAAACUGAAUGGAAGGAAAUCAUUCAGUGCU